AGCGAGAACUACCGCUCCCAGGGAGCCGCGCGGCGACGCAUGCGCAGCGCAGCCCGUAACGGCCGUUGGCGGGCUGCCCCUCACGGAGCGGGAACUACAGCUCCCAGGGAGCCGCGCGGCGGUGGCGGCAGCGACAACGACAACGACAACGGCAACGACGGGCCGGGUGGCGGCGGGCCGGGCCUGGCGGCGCAGCAUGGAGAGCCCGGCUGUGACCUUCACGCUGGCCUACGUGGUGUUCGCCGUCUGCUUCGUCUUCCCGCCCGACGAGGUCCGCUCGGCGGGGCUGACGGUGCAGAGCCUGCUGGCCGCCUGGCUGGGCAGCGAGGACGCGGCCUUCGUGCAGUACCACCUGCGGCGCAGCACCGGCACGCUGCUGGCGCACUCCCUGCUGCCCCUCGGAUAUUACCUUGGUAUGUGCUUUGCUGCACCGGAAAAACAUCUUUGGUUUUUUUACCUGGCUCCAAAAGGAUGGAAAACUUUCUUCUUUUUCGCCGUUCUCCUCCCAGCAGUCACCAGUGCCCUGGCGUAUUACUGGUCACGGAAAGGUUGGAAUAAUCAUCCGUUAGCUCGGACACUUGCUGUUCAUGCCCUCCCGCAGUCGGGUUGGAGGGCAGUAGCUUCUUCCAUCAAUCUGGAAUUCAGGAGAAUUGACAAAUUUGCUACUGGAGCCCCAGGAGCGCGGGUUAUUGUUACAGACACAUGGGUGAUUAAAGUGACCACCUACUGCUUACAUGUUGCCCAGCAGCAGGACAUUCAUUUAAUGGUUACAGACUCCACACAGCAUGAACUCUCACCAGACUCAAAUAUGCCUGUGCAGUUCCUCACCAUCCGUGUUGCCAGUAUUAAUCCCUAUGUGAAGGCAUUUGAUAUUCGGUUGAACUCCACGGAGUAUGGGGAGCUCCGUGAAAAGCUCCGUGCUCCUAUCAGCAAUGCAGCUAAUGUUGUGAUCCAUCAAAGCCUCAGUGAUUUAUUUCUAGAAACUUUUAUAUCUGUGGUGGAAAUUAACCAGACAUACUCUGUUCCAAGCAACCAGGAACUGGAGCCGUGCAUAGGGUGCAUGCAGACUAACGCAAAUAUCAAGCUCAUCAAGAACUGCCAAGAGCCAAACGAAGGAGAAUGCCAGCAAUGCUACUGUCGUCCUAUGUGGUGCCUCACCUGCAUGGGCAAAUGGUUUGCCAGCCGGCAGGAUCAGCAGCACCCAGAGACCUGGCUGUCAAGCCAAGUGCCUUGUCCAACUUGCCGAGCCAAAUUUUGCAUUUUAGAUGUUUGUAUAAUACGAUGAAUAAUAUUUUGGUAUUUUUUAACUUUUAAAAUUCAAAUGUAUUUCGUAGUGGGCUUGACUAAAAGGUCUGUUAGGUUUGUUCUUACACUUCAUGUUCUACAUGGGUGCAAACUCCAGAGCUUUCUUUGACAGCCUUGAAAAUAGGAGCCCAUCAUCUUUUCAGUUCCUCUCCACUUUUACCUUUAUCCUUGUUUUUUAUUCACCAAAUAUACCAGUUCUGGAACCCCCCCUCUCCCCCUCCUUUUGCUUUCUUAUGUCUUGGAUGGAAUAAGGGUAUCCCAUCAGUGUUUUAGGUACUAUUCGCUUUUCAAGUUUUAACAUUGGUAUUUUGAUUCUUUAGUAAAGGGCUAACUGAGAAAAUGGCUUUGAUUAGAUUUCAUUGAUACUUUUAUUAUUCUUUGAUCCAUUGGUAAUGUUCAUGUUCAUCUUUGCAAGUGUUCACCAAAUGAGUAUACCAGCUGUGUUUCUUCUGCUGGUCCCGUUCACUUAAAAAGGGGGUUGGUUACAACAGACUAAGGAAUUUAAUCCCUAAAGAUGUACAACUCCUGCAGGGACCUUUUAUUUCAUUAAUCUGUCUCUGCCUUGUUCUUUAAUGGAUAUAUUUAUUUCAAACAACAGAAGAAAUGUACCCUGUUUACCUACGCUGCUGAUGCUGUGCAUAGACACUGUUGUAGUUAAAUGUUCCUGGAAGCUACAUUGCUUAGGGUUUCAACGCUCUUCAUGUGAUGGAGGUUUGUUUGUUUUACAUUUGAAGGGAGUACAGCAAACAUUUGAACUGUUUAAAUAUUCAGAACGAAUGCUCAGCUAUUUCAAAGCCUGUAAGCUUUUCUAAGGGAUAACCUUUCCACUAAAAGAGAUGCCAGGAUUAGAUAGGUAUAAGUUGCCAUUGCUAGAUGUCCCAAGAAUGACCAUCAUUAAUGAAAGUUUUUCAUUCUUGCACUUCAGAGACUGAUCUUAAGCAGUGGUCACUGUUUUAGCAUUAGUAGGGUACUGCUGCACAUUUCUUAAUGUGGUCUGCCUCAGAGUAAUUUGUAAAGUAAAAGCAUUUUUCAUAAAUUUCUGAGAGCUCCACUCCUGGACCUAAAUGCAGUGCUUAGUGUCCCAGCUGUCCGUCACACCCUUCAAUGAAUAAUUAUAUAGCGUACUGCCUGGUAAAAAGGUUUAAGCUGCUGGAGAAUGUGUGUUUGAGUUCAUACACUGAACUACACACUGUAGUGACUGAGAUGCAGGUAUUUGUUUGCCUGGGUUGCCCAUCUUAGAGGGGUAGUAACCUCUGGCAGAGAGGCGGGACAAAUAGCUAGAGAAAUGAAUGUUUUCAUGCUUUGGUCUGUGAGAAUCAAGGCCGUAAUAUUUCCCACUCAUAUAAUAACAAGGAUCUUAACUGAUAAGUCGCUAGUACAGAUGACAGGCCAGCGAUUAAUUGAAAAAGUCUUAAUUACCAGGAUACGCAAGACUGCUUUGAGCAGAAAUAGGUAACAGGACAUUAAAAAUGGCACAAGUAGUGGAAGCGCAACAAUGAAAUAUUUCAUUAAAGUUUCAGCCUAGCUAUAGGUUACAUGGUGAAAACACCAAACUGCACUUAGAGCCAGACAAACCAGGAAAUGGUUACAUAUGUGGCUGCAAGUCACAUUUUGGAUAAAGACUCAAAUAUAGAUUUGGCAGCAUCAUAUGAGAACUGACCUAUAAUUUAUAUAUUCUAUAUAUGUGUAUGUAUUUUCUAAUAUGCACUUAAAAGGCCAGACUGCUUGGGUUUAAGGACACUAAUCACUUGAGCAUAUUUUAGUUGUUACAUAUACAAUCUUUACUAUGCAAUUGUUUGUACUACCUAUUAAUAAGGUUGAUUUUUUUUCCUGUUUUUCAUUACUGCUUAUUUUGGAGUGAAAAUUUGACACUUAGACUUGCAGUAUGGAUUUGUCUCUCUUUCCCACAUACACCUUAAGUGACAUGUUCAUCUUCAUUUGAAUAGGAUAAAAUUGAGUCCUUGAAUUUCAGACAAAUUUGUUGUCAAGUCUGAAAAUUAAUAAAAAUCAGGGCACUGCUCAGUGAUUGAAUUUAAAAUAUUUUCAAGUAUUUUUGUGGGAAAGUUAUUUGUAAUUUUGAAAUGCUCUCUCUCUGCAGUAUUUAUUUAUUUUUUAAUCUGUGGUAGAUUCUAACUGGGCCAGGUGGUGUCAUCUGAUGUGCACCUCCUCACUAUAUGGUAGCCUUUACAAAUAAGGAUUUUGUACUACUUCUGGAGUUUACAUAAUGUGGCACAAACAUAAGGAAUGUGGUCCUUGAAGUAGUUGCAGAAGGUAUGGUAGGAUUAUGGACUUGUGGCUCUGCCACUGACACUCAUUCAAUUCCUACAUCUCUUUUCCUGUUUGGAAUAAAUAUAUCCAUUUAUUGUUAAGAUGUUUGAAGCUUAAAUUGUAAAGGCCUUGAGAACCUUAGAUUAUAGACACAUGUAGUUGCAGAUGUUUUUAUAUAAGAAAAAUGGGUUAAUUGCAACAGUAUCUCAUGUAGUAAGAGCUUUAGUCUGCCAAUUGCUUGUGCAGUCAUGUUCUUUAAAGAAAUCGAUCUUUGAAUUGAUUAGAAGUUUUCAUUUCAGUGGAACUUUGCUUUUAUUCAUCUUAGUUCUUUUGCCAAUGACAGUAUAACAAAGUAGUAUUCAUAAAUGUAUAAUACUCUUGCAUCUUUUCAUGGUAGUGCUCUGUCCACAGAAGUGCCUCUUAGAAGACUUUAGUAAUAAUUACCAAAAUAAGAAGAUGAUUUAUAUUAAUAAUGGUGCCUGGCUUAUAUUCCCAAAACAAGUAUUUUCUCAAGUUCAAAUUCUCAAAGUAGUCUGGCAUGCCUCUAAGGUUUGUGAGCUUCUUAAAGGCUGUGUUACAGAACCAACUUGUUAAAAAUCCAUAUGAGCUAUUCUUACAGAUAAUAGAAGGAGAAACUGUCAUUCUCACUGCAUAGGUAAUCUUGUAUCGUAUUUGUCUUGCAUAAUUCACUGAACAUGAAAUUAAUGUAACAAUAGGUGUUUGUCUUCAUAACUUCAAAUCAUCAUUCCUAAAAAACCACACAUGUAUGUAUGGCUGUUUGUAGGGGAAGUCACUGCUUGCAGGAAAAAGAAAUACAUUGCCUCCCAACUGAUCAUGAUAUGCUUCAUAAACAUAAAAUGUUUAGAAUAUUUCUCUUUACAGCACUUCUGUAAGAGAAAAUGAAACACGUAAUGUGAUGGGAUAAAAUAUUUACUUAAAGGAUAAUAAUUUCUUGAACUCUUAAUGAUUUAAAGUUGUUUUUUUCAGUUGUGUGCAUGCUUUUCCACAUCACUGACUUGUAGAUAGGCAAUAUUAGUAUACUGAAGUAUAUCAUUUAAAUGUAAAUUUAAUGACAUUACCAUAAGACAAUCUGUUUAUGGAUGCACAGUGUCAGUAUAAAUACCCCAUAUGUAUGUAUACAUACAUAGCCCAAAUUUCCAUAUGCACUGCAGCUUAACAAGUGUUUCUGAAAACAAGGGCUACAGCUAUAUGUAUCAUUGCCACUGCUGUGUUAUUUCUGGAAUUGCAGCAUUCCAGAUAAUAUUGGCAAAAUGUGUUACUUGUCAAUUUUUGCCAAGCAUAAUUUGUUGGCCCAUGAAAGGCAUUUUAUCCAACCAGGAUAUAUUUUGAAUCUUACCAAAUCUAUGCUUGUUAUAAUGAGGCUUGCCAUAACUCAAAACCAGGAUACCUGGUUGUUAUGUGAUCACUUCAGUGUAAGUAUUUUUAUUGUAUUGAAGCUCUGUAGACAGCAGCUAUGUACCAGUCCGGUCAGUCUAAACCUGAGUAACACACCAUCGACCUUCUUAAGUUCUGAGUGCCACUUCCGAAGAGGGAUGGGUUUUUUUAGGUAUUUAAGGAGCAAUGAAUAUUCAAGCUCUGACAUACAUUAUGAGGCACUUUCUUCCAAAGAUAUACUGCAGGGUUUGGUAUUGGUGGGGUGGUUUUUUUACCCAGAUAGUUAUCUAUUUUAAAACUGAUUUUUAUUUAGAUAGCCUUUAAGCAAAAGGCUUAAUGAAUACAUGUAGUUCAUUUUAAAACUGUCUGAAUAAAAGUACAAUUGAUUGUA